CGUCUAUUUUUGUGUAUUACAUACUUUAUCGCUUUAUCGCUCGCCACAGGAAAUAGGCUGGAGAAAAGAUUGUGACAGCAACACAAAUUCAAUAUUAGUCAAGAGUUUGUCGAUGUUACCACAGUUUUUUUAAACAAGUCGACAAAAUGUGGACCUAUUUUAUGCACUUUUUCUUCAUUAAUAUUUUGUUAACAAGUGCACAAGUAAAUAAUAUGAUCUCUGGAAACUCUGGAGAUUUCACGUGCUACAGUUUCGGAUCUUUGGAAAGUUGCUUGGAGAAGGCAGAAAAAAAUACUACAUCACUGACUAUUAAAGAUUCUGAUGUUCCUCGUAUUCUUGGCCGGGCUUUUGAAAAAUUCGGCGCUUUAAAAUCGAUGGCCAUCAACUUAUGCGGAUUAAAAAAGAUACACGCGUAUGCAUUUAUUGGUUUAAACAAUUUGGAGAAAUUAGAUCUUUCACAAAAUAGCUUGACUUUACUUGAAUCAAGUUAUUUCAAAUAUCUUCCAAACCUGCGGCACUUGGACGUCUCCUUUAAUGAAAUCAAGGCAAUCGAUGAUAUCAUAUUUUUCGUACUCGAAAAGUUGCAAAAUUUCUAUUUCGACUACAACAAAAUCUCGGCUGUAUCUAAUCGAAUGUUAGAAAGACUGAAGAAUGAUGGGCCACAGAAAGUGAGUCUCCGCAAUGUGAAGAUUGGAAGAAAUCCUAUGAACUGGGAGCAUCGAAUCUUGCUGACUAGAAGAUUGGACGAUCUGAGCAUAAAUUACAAAGAUGAUUGGGAGAAUUGGAAUUGGUUGAGCAGCACAAUUAGGGAAUGCCAAGAAAAUGGAUUCAUGGGGUUACCAGGUGAUCAAGCCUUAAACUGUGCUAUUGAAAAAUUAUUAGACUUUGCUCAAGAAAAUUUGGAAAAAACAACUUACACUCCUUGUGUCCCUGAAGCCACAACGUUAGUAAACUGCUUUAAAGGCAAUGUAACCCAGCUUCAAAACAUCGAUGGUAUUCGAUUUGCUAUCGAAGGAUUUGGAAGCGUAAUCAAACCACUGAAUGACAUCCAUGGACGAUUCCACAUAACUCCAGAGUACAAGACAAAACUGGAUCACCAAGUUUUGAAUUAUGUUGCCAGCCAGUCUGAAUGGGCCUGGUUUGAAGAUGUUAUCAAUUCUUGUAAGAGUGGAUUAUAUGAGGAAGCAAUCCUGGAUUGUGAAGUGCAGCAACUAUUGGAUUUCACAUUUUCCAUUUUUAACGAUUCUCAGUCACUUGAGGCCUCAUCAAGCCAAACUUUUUGCAGCGAUCAAGUCAACUCUUUACUUCUGUGUUCCAGAUUUACACCAGUUGUUGACGAUAUUGCUGCUCGAAGAGCCUUGGAAGGUUUCAAAUACAUUUUACCACAAAUGGACACUUCCCUCGGAAGGCUAAAUGAGGGUUUACUCUAAGAAAAAUGUACAAAUCUUAAAUUUCACUAAAGGGAAGGAUCUUUUCUGCCGAUUUUUAUAAGCUUUUUGAUUAAGCUUCUUUAACCCUGAAUAAAACGCAUAUUCUAAAUUAA